GGGAGGAGGGCGGGCGUUUCCGCUGACGUCUGCGGAGCGCCGGAAGCGGCGGGAGGAGGCUCGGCGCUGGCCCGGGGAGCUGCGUGCCGCGCCGCGGGAGCGAGAGGGGGAGGCGGGUAACCGAAUGGAUCUUCAGAAGCAGACUUGCUAAAACUGACAGAAAAUGGCAUAUCGAAGAGUUGAAAUGUGGUCUGAAGGGCGAUAUGACUAUGAGAGAGUUCCAAGAGAACGUCUCCCUCCAAGGAUUCAUCCUGAUGAUGAUUACCAUAGAGUGGUAAAUGUUGUGCCCAAGAAACCACCACUUCUUGAAAGACCUGGGGAUGGCAAUUACAGUCGGUAUGAUGAUUACAGUCACACUGAGUACAGAGACUAUGAAGAGGGUCGCAGUUUUGCCCAUGAUCGAAGAAGUGGCCCUCCACACCGAGGUGUACGUAAGGAUGAAUCGGGUUACAGAUGGCCAAGGGAUGAUCAUCCUAUAAGUCGGCAGCCUGAGUACAGGGACAUCAGAGAUGGUUUCAGAAGAAAAAGCUUCUAUCCUUCUCAUUACAUGAGAGAGCGAUCCCCUCAUAAGAGGGACUCUCCUUUCUUCAGGGAAUCACCAGGGAGCCGAAGGGAUUCUCCACACAGCAGAUCUGGCUCUAGUGUCAGUAGCAGGAGCUACUCUCCUGAUAGAAGCAAAACCUAUCCUUUCCACCAGUCCCAGCAUAGCAGAAGUAUGUCAUCUUUACAUAAAAGAAAUAUUUCUUCUCAGCAAGGUAAAGAGAGGACAUCAGUUCAAUCACUGAAAACAUCAAGAGAUGCAUCACCUUCAGCCUCCCUAGCAGUACCCUCAUCAAAGGCCUUGGAUAAGAGCAACAGACUAUCGGAAAAGGAACUCGCAGAAGCUGCAAGCAAGUGGGCUGCUGAGAAGUCAGAGAAGGCCGAUGAAAGCAAUUUACCUGAAAUAACAGAGUAUGAUGCUGGAUCUUCAGCUCCAUUAUACAUCGAACAAACAGAGGAAUCAGAAAUAAAUAUAACGGAUAGUACAGAAUUAUAUGAGGAUGGACAGCUUCUUGGUCGUUCAAAAGCAAUUGCAACUAAGACAAAGGAGAUUGAACAGGUCUACAGACAAGACUGUGAAACCUUUGGCAAGGUAGUGAAGAUGCUAAUUGAUAAAGAUCCAUCAUUAGAGAAGUCCAUUCAGUUUGCCCUGAGGCAGAAUUUGCAUGAAAUAGGUGAGCGAUGCAUUGAAGAACUCAAACUUUUCAUUGCUCAGUACGAUGCUGCCAAACAAGAUCUGUCAGAAUCCUUCAAAGAGGGCUCAUACUAAGGACAAAAAUACGCUUUUAGAUCCUCUACAUUGUGUAUGCCAUGAUACAUAAGUCUGCUUUUUGCAGGGAAAGAGGAGAUCUUGUUGGAGAUUUAAACCCAAGGCCUGCACUACUCCGUAGUAGCUCAGGUGGCUGUGUCUUCUUGUUCACUGUGGUCUCCGCAAUUGUAUUCUUCCUACCUGUACUUGUUGACAUAUAUUCCUUUGAAAGGAUGUUCUUUUCAAAAAUGCUGUAAAGUGACAAACUAUUUUUGAAACCUUUACACAGUUACCUAGGAAAAAAUGUUCAGUCCAAUGUAUGUACACUUCUGUUUUGAUGUUUAUAAGUGUAACUUCAAACACUGUAUUUUUUAUUAAAAUAACAAGAAGCAGCUCUUCAUUCCUCAA